CCUUUGCUUUGUAGGCCGAGCCGAGCUCGCCAUGGGAGAUGGCUUGGAGCCUAAGUUGCCCUGCCGGUAUCUUGCGAAGAUGCUGGGUGCGGGUGAGGAGCCACCGCCGCGGGUCUCAGCAUUCUAUAUGUUAUGCAGCUUCUUAGGCGCGUUCACCGGCAUCUCGGUGCUCGCUUCACUCCACAGCCGCUUGAUGAAACCGGAAGCCAACCUGGUGCUCUUGAUCGGAGCUUUCGGCGCGAUGUCCGUGCUUCUCUUCAGUGCUUGCAAGGCUUACGUGGCGCAGCCCCUGAACGUCAUCCUGGGCAAUACCUUGGGCGGACUAGUGGGGGUCACGGUCUUUGAGCUCAUGGCCUUUGCCAACGUGGAUUUGCUUUGGCUGACAGCGGCUCUGGCAGUGUCACUGACGAUCCUGGCGCAGGAACUCACUCGAUCUGUGCACCCACCGGGAGCUGCGACGGCCCUCAUCUAUGUCAUCACACCUUCUGUGCAGCACCUGGGCAUGACUUACGUUUUCUGUCCAGCCUUCCUGGGCGCUGUCAUUCUGGUGGCGGUGGCUUGCGUCACCAACAACCUGUCGCCAGACAGGACCUAUCCGCAAUACUGGUGGCCUUGGAAGUCAAUACGUCUAGAGUCCGACAGCCAGGAGGAGGCUUCCAUCGAGAGCAAAACGCCAAGGUUCGGGAGGCUGCAUAGCUUCUUGGCCAAGUUCCGGGGGGAUGCGGAGGUGCCGGUGGACGCCUUCCCGCUGCUCCAGCAGAGCUGGUGCAGCUUCCUGGGCUCCUUCCUGGGCAUCGCCGUCCUGGCGCUGAUCCAUGAGCGCCUUUUCCCGGACGCCGUGCUGCUCAUCGGCUCCUGUGGGGCUGUGGCGGGGAUCGUCUUCAGCUCCUGGCGAUCCCCGCUGGGCCAGCCCAAGAACGUGAUCCUGGGGAACACCUUGGGCGGCCUCGCGGGUUUCCUCGUGCAGCGUUUGCUGAGCCUCGCCUCAGAGAAUGGGACUUGGCUGACCGCUCCGCUGGCGCUUGCGCUGACGAUCACUCUGCAGGAGCUCGGCAACGCAGUGCAUCCCCCCGGGGGCGCCACCGCGUUGCUCUUCGCCAUGGACCCCUCGCUGCAGCGGAUGGGCUACAUGUACGUCCUGUCGCCCUCCUUUCUGGGAGCGGUGAUUUUAGUUUCCCUUGGCUGCCUCACCAACAACUUGGCGCAGCGCCAGUAUCCCCAGUACUGGUUCCCGCCGCUCUCCGUGAAUUAUUUUGCCCGAAAAGCAGAGACCUUGGAGUGUCAGUGUUAGCCCGAAUCGUGGCUGAACACGAUUCGACCCAAAGGCUGGAUAAGGCAAACGCUCGCCAAAAGCAUAGGGGUGGCGUGGCGGAGCACUAUUCGACUCACCGCAGGGAAGCACCCUGAAA